UGUGUGUUGUGACGGUGGUGUGGUGCUGAUGGACGUGCUGCACUGGCGUGGCGUGGCGUUGAGGGAAGCGCCUCUUUGUAAUCCUGCCCAGCACUUUACUGAACACAUGAAGGUGCUCCAGAGUUUCAAGAAGGGAGUGGCACACACACUUUGCUGCACUCCAAGCUUGUGGAGGUCCAGCAGCACACCGCACACUGCUUUCAUAAACGUGUGUGCCGAGUGCAAGACAGGGAGUGGCAAGGAUGGAGGAUGCUUCAACAUUCACAGCAUCAUUAGUUCAUGCUUACUUUUUUUGUGGAAAGUAGUGCACACAGUUUUAACUGAAGGAUUAUGUGUCAUCAUUCAUAUUUAUAGAUUUCAUGACCUAACAUUGUGCACCAAAUCACUUCAUUACAUGUAAGCGUAUAUUUAGCUAUAAGGAGUAAUGGUUAGUGAGAUUUGUAUUGUAUAAAAAGUUAUUUAUGAGAGAUCUUACAUUAUGAAGAUUUGUUUGAAGGUCUUUGUUUAUUAACAUGAUCUAGUUGUGUCAGUCUUAAUAGUCCAGAUUGUACAGACAUGAAACAUUGUCCAUUGCACUUCCUGCAGAUGGAAUAUUAGUCAACACUGCAAGGUGCGUGUGAGUGUGUGUAGCUUUGUGAGCAAGUGUGCCAGUCAUUCCUUGAUGUCAAUGUCUUUCAUUCAGGGAAAAAAAUGUUGUGUGUAAUAAGGUUUAUAUACAUUUUUGAGUGAGAAUGUUUAGCCAGAUUAAAUAGUAAGUUUCUUAACUUUUUUAGAGCUUUGCUGUUACUGUUCUGUGUAAGAUUUCAGGGGCCGUGUUCUACAAACUGUCAUAGCUAGUGACGUGAUCGUAGCGAGACAAAAUGGUGUAUUUUAGACACAAGUCCCUGUAUGAGAGGCCCUAACCGUGUGACUCCUUAUAGGUGCCAAGACAGGGUUCAAUCUGUUGUAGUGCUGCCAACCACCGUCUUAAAGCUCUUGUCAACAUGGUGGGAGCUUGACUGUAUGUACCAUAGCAUGAUCCCCGACAGUUUUUAAUAUUAAUUAAUGAUAAAUAUCUGUAAAGUUGACUAAAUAAUGUCCUUCUUUUAUGCAGUAGUUUACCAUUACAGAUGACUGCCGAGAGGGGUAUGAUCAGUUUUUCCAAAACUCAAACAAACCUUGCCCUGCGUGGCCUGCAUGUGUCUUGUGUAAUUCUGUUUGUCAUGUUUAUUUUGUUGGGAUACACAGUCUAACUAUUCCUAAAGUAGUGUUAUGAUGUCAAAACAAUUGAAAUUGUAGAAAAUUAUGUCAAGGGCUUUUUUCUUUCUAUACAUAUAUCAAGUUGACAAGUAAUGAGCCUGAAGACCAGCAGUGGAGUGAUGGUCAGGCAUUCAGUGAGACUUGAGGGUGACUGUGUAGAAUGCGGCCCCAGAAGGAUGGUCUGUGUUUUGUAUAUUUAUGGUGACUAUAGUGUUGCAAGGAACAACAUGCUGUUUGAGAGCAGUGCCAUUGUGAAAUGCUUAAAUUUUACAGAGUUGAUUGCUCCUCCUAGACUUUUGCAAUGAAAAUGGUCUCAGAAUAUAUUUAGAAAUUAUAGCAACAAGACUUGUGCAAUGAAAAUGCUCUCAAAACACUACCCAUGUUCUUAUAUAAUUUUUUUUGUUAUAUUAGGCAAAUGUAUGGAUGGUAAUGAUAGGUGGGAUGAAGUUGAAAAUUUUGGUAGAGUUUUCAGAAAUUUGUAAAGAAAUUCUGCUCUGUGAAUUCUGCUAUUCUGUGAAAUCUGCUAUUGUGUGAAUUCUGCUAUUGUGUGAAAUCUGCUAUUGUGUGAAUUCUGCUAUUGUGUGAAAAUUUUCUAAGUUGAAAAUUUUGGUAGAGUUUUCUGAAAUUUGUAAGGAAAUUCUUCUAUUGUGUGAAAAUUUUCGACAGAUUCUGCUAUUGUGAAAAUUUUCUGUGAAUUCUGUGCUAUUGUGAAAGUUUUCUAAGUUGAAAAUUUUGGUAGAGUUUUCAGAGACUUGUCUUGUGUGUUGAUUGAAUAAAAGGAAAGGAAGGGA